AUGACCGCGACACUAUUCCUCCGAGGACAUGGCGUCUCUGCACUGAAAUCGAGGAUGACCGUCAGCAAGAAGGCAUUGCGAUGGCAACUCGGUCCAGGCCAAACGCGCUACUCGGCCUCGUGGACUUCGGAGAUGCUGAAAAGGUCCAAGAGCUCGUUGAUCGAGUCCCCGUUACCGUGGUGGCUCUUUGGGACUGCGGGGUUGGUUGCCACGACGCUUACAGUUGGUGCAGCAGCUCGACUGACCCGAACCGGGGCAUCAACACUGUACUGGAAACCACAUUUCUUGCACUUGCCCCAGUCGGAAGACGACUGGCACAAGGAGUUCAAUGUGUAUCGUGACUUCUGUAGUCGCUCUCAACGCACGCCAAUGACGCUUGAGGACUUUAAACGCAACUACAAGUGGGAAGCAGCCCACCGCAAACUGGGGCAAGUGACGGCGCUGUCGUUUCUGGGUCCGUUGGCGUAUUUUGCCAUGAAGAAGAAGCUGCCGGUUCCCGCUCAAGCUCCAUUGGCUUUGAUUGCGGGCCUGGGUGCAGUCCAGCUGUAUGUGGGUCGAGCCAUGGUGGAGCACAAUGUGCGUGGAAGCGGCCAGCACGACCAAGACGCGACUUUUGACGGAGCGACGUUUUUCCUUCCGAUUCACUCGGCCUUGUCGCUUGCGAACUUUUCCCUCUUGGUAUGGACGGGAUUGGGGAUUGUCUCGCCCAUUUCACGGGCCAUCUCGGUGCGUGGCCUCAUGACUCCUGGUGUCCUGCAAGAGCUGGGCCAAGUCCGCAAACACUUUGUGGCAUUGACUGGUCUAGCUGCGGCCACGAUCUUUGCCGGUUCGUUGGUGGCGGAGAUUGACGGCGGGCGGGAGUUUCAAACGUUUCCCAAGAUGGGCGACCGGUGGAUUCCCCACGGACUCUUUGACCAAAAGCCAUGGCUGCGCAAUUUCCACGAUAACGUGGCACUUGUGCAGCUGGACCACCGCCUUUUGGCGCUGGGGACUCUAGCUGCUUAUACUACAGUGUUUGUCAAGGCUCGCAAAGCCCGGAUCUGGUCGAACCUCCCCGAAGACGCCAAGCGCGCCAUUAUGGUGACAAUGGCAGCAGUGGGCGGCCAAGUGGCGAUGGGCGCGACGAUGCUCGUGAAUGAGGUGCCGACGCCGCUGGCCAUGGUGCACCAAAGCGGUGCAGCACUUGUACUGGGCUCGUCACUGUGGGUCCUGCAUGCGCUGCGCUUUGCUCGUCCAGGGGGACUCAUGGGCGCAGCAGUGGCGACCGCGGCUGCCAAGAUGGCGUGA